AUGUCCAACUCCACCACGAUGAUGGACUUUCUUCUAAUGGAGUUAUCCAACAUGCAGGAUCGACAAGUUUUCCAUGCCAUGUUCUCCUCUAUGAUUUAUCUGGUCACUGUAAUGGGAAACCUUAUCAUUGCUGUGGUCAUCACUUUUGACCAGAUCCUCCACACACCCAUGUACUUCUUCCUCAGAAAUCUGCCCAUGCUGGACUCAUGCUACUUUUCUGUCAUGUCGGUUCCCAACUCCUAUAUUAAGUCCCUGCUGGACAGCAGCUCCAUUCUCAAGGCUGGAUGUGCUGCUCAGGUCUUCCUAGUGGCUCAUGACCACUUUGCGGCCAUCUGCAAGGUCGUCCAUUACCCUUCACUAAAGAAUCCUCGCAUGUGUGUCCACUCUACACUGGCCUCUCUGCUCAGUGGCCUUGUCUAUGCAGCCCUGCACACCAGCAACACCUUCUGGCUGUCUUCCUGUGACUCGCAUGCUGUCCAGAAGCUCUUCCGUGACAUCCCCUCUCUGCUGAAGCUGUCUUGCUCUGACACCUUCAGCAACUGGAUCACCAUCCUUGUUGCUAUUCUGGUUUUUGUUGGUGGCUGUUUCAUUUUCAUCAUCAAGUCUUACAUUCAAAUCUUUCCUACUGUGCUCAGGUUACCAGCAGGAGCAGACAGGACAAAGGCCUUUUCCACCUGUGUGCCACAUAUCCUUGUGGUGGGAAUCUUCAUCUCAGGCUCUUAUGUCUAUCUGAGCCCCCCUGCCACAUCUGCCUGCAUCUUGGACAUCUUCUUGUCUGUGUUCUAUUCUGUAUCCACCCCACACCUCAACCUUGCUAUCUACAGCCUCAGAAACCAGCAGAUAACGUGCACCCUCAGGAAAUUCAUGACAAGAUUAUUCUUCACAGGAAAUGUACUGAGAGUGAAGGAAGCUUUUCCUACCCAGCUUAAUCAUAGUCCUGUUGUUGGCAAUCACUGCAGAUAA